AUGGAGGCACAGAAGCAUUCCUGUUUUACAGCUGCACUAGCAGAUCAACCCGAUCCAACUUCUUCUCUUCAGCCUGCACAGGGUUCUUCAGGUCUCAGUCAAAGCAGUGCGACUCCUCAGCGGGAGCAAGCACUGGCUCAACCGGUGUAUCUCAAAGCCCUUACCAUACCGCUGUACCAGCCUGUCCAGCCAGGAUGCUUUCAGCCAAACAGUCAGUCGGUGACCGGCAGAGGCUGUGUAAAUCUAGACAGCAGUAACAUACCUCUAAUCCUGAAUCCACUUGUUCCUUCAGAAGGGACAUACCAGCCUCAAUCAGUUUUUCAAAAACAACUUGGACAAACUCUAACAUUAAACAUAGUGAGCACUUUACCAGUUUUAUUGUCACCAAAUUCUUGUGCAAAUGCUUCUUUUGGAAACCCAGGAAAAUCGAAAAAUGCCGGGAAAUACAUCUGUAAACACUGUGGACGAGAUUGUUUGAAGCCAAGUGUCCUUGAGAAACAUAUUCGCUCUCACACAGGAGAGAGGCCCUUUCCAUGCACCACUUGUGGCAUUGCAUUUAAAACUCAAAGUAAUUUGUAUAAACACCGACGAACUCAAACACAUGUCAACAAUACCAGACUACCUUCAGACUCGGAGAACAGUGGCAUAUUGGAGCAAAAUGAGAGCGCAGCAGAGAGCGUCACAUCACAUCAAGGCACCAAACUACACAGUAGUGCCCGUGAAGAUGAAGGGGUGCAGAUUAAACAAGGAAAUUCAGAGACGAGUGUUGUAAAAGACACUAAGACACUUUUUAAAGAUCUUCCACUGCCAGCAACAAAAGACUCAUUUGCUUCAGAAAAUCAAAUCAGAACUAAUCCAUCCUUCAGUUCAAAGAUUAAUCAGGAGGUUCCUGAAGAAGAAUCUUUACCAUCUCCGGUGGCUCUGCCAUAUGAUGAGCCCCAGAGAAAGAAGAUACAGGAGCAAAGAACUCCAGCUGCCAAUAAGCACAUUCAGUUGCAAAGGCAGCAAGCAACCUACUCCGACAAGCAGUGGGAUUACAAGCCAUUUGACUGCAAGCUAAAGAAGUGCGAGAGCACUGACUCAGGGUAUCUGUCACGCUCUGAUAGUACAGAACAACAGAUGCCAUCGCCCAGCCCCUUGCACAGUCUCUCUGAACACAGCACGGAACUGGAAAGUGAAACUGCCUUCAGCAGCUUAAGGUGCACAGCCGGAAGUAGUGCAAAGCUAGAUUCAGCUGAGAAAGCUACAGCCUUGAUGCUAGAGAAAAAGAGGCUGGAAGAACACAUCUCAAAACUUAUUUCUCAUAACAAGAGUGUGGUGGAUGAUACCCAGCUAGAUAAUGUUAGGCCCAGAAAAACUGUCCUUUCUAAACAGGGAAGCAUUGAUCUGCCAAUGCCUUAUACAUACAAAGACUCCUUCCAUUUUGACAUCAGAACUUUUGAUGUAAAUAGAAGGAAGAAUCUUUCCCUUUGUUCAGCAAAAUCUACCUUUGCACCCCUAGAGAAAUGCAAGCCAUUGUUUUUUCAUUCCGUCCCCACACAGUUCUCCACUACAAUAGAUUCUGUGCCUGUUACAAGAAGCAACUCUUUGCCAUUUGUGGUGGGCACAAGAACGGUGCAUGACAAAGCAGGUUGCUCAAACCCACUUUCUCUUACUAAGCAGUCUGUAAAUACAAGCUCUUCCAGUCUGUUGCCUAGCAACAAUCUUGCUGCAAAUUCCAUAGAUUUUCCUAACAGCCAUCCCCGAGCACUCGUCAGACAAACGGCAGUGGAUGACUUGCCACUAAGUAAUGCAGCUGAUUCUCCUUCUCCUGCUGAGGAGUUGCAAGGGAGUAAAAAGCUUGGGGCUGGAGAAGUGGUAAGUGCUAAAAAUAAGAAACAAAAUCAAAAGAAAUUAAAGAUGUUCUCUGAAGAAAAAUGGCAAAUGUAUGGAGAUGAAACAUUUAAGAAAAUCUACCAAAAAAUGAAAAGCAGUCAAAAUGCCAAGAAAAUGAAACAAAGGGGGAAUAAGAUUACAGAUAUUACAGGCUUCACUCCUAAUUCAAAGGAAUCAGUCAGCAGUGCUGAAAUUAUUCAGGAAAGAGACAGCAGGAGCUCUUUAAGUGACAGGCUUUCCUCCCUUGGGACAGCAGAUUUAAACACUGUUAAAUCAGAAAGCUGUCCUAAUGGUAAUCAUGUUCUACAGAAUGCAUCCUCAGAGGAAGCUGCAGGCAGUUUAACCUACGUAACGGAAACAUCACAUUCAGUAAAUGCUAGAGCACAUACAAUAAUGAGCAAAUCUUCCCAAAACCUCAGAGGCAGUGACACAGAUAAAAACACAAGUGUCAACAACACAUUACGAGUGCUAAGCAGUUGUGAGCUCAGGCUUCAAAAUACACCGUGUCAACCAAACAGCAGUGUAAUGAAUGAUGACUGCUUGCCAGUACAGAGUAGCAAUUGGGAAGAUUCAAAAGAAUCUGAGAAAAAAUCCAGUCCAUCUGAAUCAGAGUGUAAAAAUACUUCAAACGAUUAUGGAAACCAUCACAGGAAGAAGGAAACUGGCCAACAUGCCCUGACAUCCCUGUGGGUCCAUUGCAACAGCAAUAGAGAAGCCUCAGGAAAAUCUCAGAACCUACCAUCAGAAAGAAAAAAGCUGAAAGUUGAUGUGGAAAGGAAAGAAAACAUUACGUUAAAGUCCUGUUCUGGGCCCACUAGUGAAACGAACGCAGAAGAUGAAAGAGAGGGAGUCUCUUGCAGUACCGCUCAGUGUCUUUGCACAGCACCAAUGAAACCCUCAGGUAAAGCAAAAGAGCAAAAAUUAAGCACGUCUGAAGGUGCUGAGAGAGCGGAAUGUGUGAAAACAAUCAGACUCCCCACAAAACCUCUUAAUUAUAGUGACGGUAACCUUUCACAUUCAGCAGGGAUCUCAGCAGCUUCAGUUGUGGGAUUUCUGGGGCCUGAGUUAACGGGAAGUGAUUGCAAUUCUUUUGCCUUUCACGAUGCAACAGAUAAAGAUGUCAAAACAUGUCUUGUGAAAACAAAAGGAAAAGUACCACUUUUCAGUGACAAUGUUGUUGACAUAUCUGCUAAAAUUCAUCAUCUGCAAUCUGGUCAGUUAACUCCAGUCCCACAGAAAAAUGCCUUUUCUCCUAAAUAUAUCCUUAAAUUGCCACAAGGCAAGAGAUCCUCAGAUCUGUCACUUCUGCUUAGAUCAGAACAGAAGAUUACACCAUCUACGUCUGUGACGGACACCACAACCAGCCCCUCUUGCUCUUCCAGCAGCAGAUCACUCAGUUCUGAUUCUAAUGCUGUGGCUUGGUCCCCUUUAAAAUUUGAAGUGAGACAAAAGGCCUGCAGAGGAGAGCUACGAUGGAACGUACAUGCAAACUGGAAAACUCCAGCAUUUUGUUCACCAGUCAACUCAGAAACCACAAGUAUUUUAACCACAGUAGAUAACACCUUUUAUAACCAAAACUUUAGACAGAAGGAAAUGAUAAAAGAUGCUUGGAAAAACAAAUACAACAAAAAUAAAUUAAAUUAUCAAAGGCAAACUGAAGACAAGUGGAUGAACACAACUACUUCUUCUGCACAGAUGCCAAUGAAGAAAAUAUGUUUUACUUCUAUGUAUACAAGUGGCUUUUUCAUAUCAGCAGAUAUCAAGGAAGAAAAGAGCAUUUUACAUCACCUGUGCUCAGGCAGCAACUCUUUGGAGAUGACAUCAGGCCAAAGCUGCCCAGUGACCCCAGAGCAAACAAUCCUGGGAUGGGGCACAGAUGGAAAUCCGUGCAUUCGUAAGGACAUUUCACCAGCACUGCAGGGUAUGGAGCAUUCUCAGAGCUCAACAGACAACUCUACUUACUUUUGCCAUUCUUUUGGCACUUGUUAUUGCCACACUCUCACUACUCACUGUAAAGAAUUCCCAGCACUUCCCCACAAUAGUUUGACUUGCUGCUCUGGAAGUUUAACAGUACUGAGCACGAAGAAUACCUUCCCAUCACUAAGUGCUGAACCUCGAUUGACUUGGUGUUGUUUAACAAGAAGCCUUCCCCUGCCUGCUGAGCAGAAAGGGAAUGCAGACUCUGCUUAUUCCUCCAUGCACAUCUGUGAUAAGGAAUCUAGCAAUGAAUGCACACUAUCAAAAUAUGAUAUUUCUUUUUUCAAAAUGAAAAAUAUUAGCAAGACUGUGGCCUAUGGCUUAACAAACAGGAGUUUAAAAACACUGGUUUCAUCCUUUUCUAAAGGACCACAGAUGCAGGAGUUAAGCUCAGCAGCUCCUGGUGGUGCUUUUGCAAAUAUUUCGGAGCAAAAGAAGAAAACAGUAGUUUGCAAAAGAGAAAGAAUCACAACAAAUAAACUCAAGAGAAGCCACAAACAGAAAAAAAUUAAAGUCACCUCCAAAUGGUACAGAAGGAGGCACGCACAUGGAUACGCUCUGUUGAAAAUUAACCGACUAAGCAAGCAACACUGUUUUCCACAUAGACCACUGGAUGAUUUGAAAAAGGGCUACCCAUCACAAACCUAUAAAUUUAAUCAACUUAAGAAGUGUCUUUCUCCUCAAUCAAAGUUACAAGGAGGUUUCUUACACCAGCAAAAAGAGGCAUCUUGUUCCACCUCAGACAAGCCACUUUGCAGAAGGAAGAAAGAAGAAAAGAAUAACUCAGGAAUACUUUCCCAUACUGAAAAACUAACCCGUGUUAAGCGAAAAGACGAAAUGGAUAAAAAUGACAUUUCUGGGCAAAUCAGGGAACAUACCAGAACAAAAUUCUCUUUUCAGAACAUUACACCUCCGUUGGAAAUAUCCGUGACAGCUCAUUCCUUUUCAUCCACAGUUAAUACUGCCAUGCAGCAAGUCAGCAAUGACAUAGAAAUUUGCUGUUUAGUAACACAACCACUUGUGCUUCAGCGAUCAGUUCCAGGGGAAUCACAGCCAAAUGUUCGGACUGGCUCAGUGGCAUCAUCUUUUUGGUCUUGUCCUUUUGAUUUUCCAAAUACAGGCACAGACAGCCAGAUUGACAGCACAAGCUCAGAAACCACUGAUCCUGUUUCCUUAUGUCCAGAAGCAACCCAGGGAAACAUACUAAAGGUAGAGUCAGAGAGGCAAAGAUUUGGUGAAUUAGAUAUGGUGAUGGAGGCCUCAGGAAGAGAGAAAUGUCCAACUGAAGAAAUUAGAUCCUCAUCUCCAGAAGAAAACUCAACUGCCAGUUCCCAACCCGGAUGUUCACAUACACUGGGAUCAAAAGCAGAGUCUCUUCUUGAGUCAACCACAAGGGCUAACCUACCCAAUAUAGAAUACACAGAGUGGGCAAACUUUUCUCAAAAAAUCCUUCAUGGAAAUAUGGACAAGAAUGAAACCUACCUGCAGUCGGGUAACUAUGGAAGGCAACAUGAAACAAAUACUGCUGCCUUUAAAGAGCCCUCAAUUACUCUCAGGUUCCCCGAGUUCAAGACUUAUUCUGCAACAUCUUCCAAGACAUACAAAAAGAAAGGUUUAGAGAUAAUGAGGAAGCAAAACAGGGUUGAAUAUGAUGACACUAGCAGUGAUGAUGAAGAUAGGCUUGUUAUAGAAAUAUAG